AUGGGCAAGAACCACGAAGUCGAACACAGUCUCCGCGCCUCACACGACGGCGGUGAUGGCGCAUCUCUCGGCCGCCGGACAUCAGCCCUCGAAGAGGUGCCCACCCUCGUGCCGCCGCCCGGAUUCCCAGGCUUGCCGGUCCGCCGCCGGAGCACCGCAUCCCGGCAGAGCGUCACGUUCUCGGAGGACGUCAGACGCCAAUCCCACGCGGUGGAAGAUGACGACGACGAGGAGGCCCUCGAAGCCCUCACGCAAAGCGCCUCAGCCAUCAGCCGCCAGAUCUCGCGCAGGCGAGAGUCGGCCGACAAUGUCUUCGAGCUGCCCAUGAUCCAGCGCCCGCGCGCCGCGAAGCCAGGGCUGCCCAGCACCAUCCGCGAGGUCCCGUCGAACCUACCCACGCCGUCGUCGACUCGUCCGCCGUCGCCAACGACACCGUCCGGCCGCCUGGCCGGGUCGAUAGACUACUUCGGCCAGAGCACCAGCCCCGCCCCUUCAUCACCCCAGAGCGAUGCGGAGUAUGAGACGGGUGUCGGGCAAGCUUAUCCUGACGUGGGAGUCAUCAAGUCCUGGCGCGGCGCAAUGAUUCUGAGCAGCACCUGCGGCGCCCAGCUGAUGGACAACGUCUUUAUGACGGGCGUCAACAUCGCUCUGCCGGCCAUUCAGAAGGACUUUGGCGUCGGCAGCUCGGACUUGCAGUGGCUCAUUUCGGCGUACACGCUGACAUUUGGUGGAUUUCUCCUUCUGGCAGGCGUUCUGUCCGACAGAUACGGCCGCAAGAUGAUCUUCUGCACCGGCAUGGCGACUCUUAGUGCCUGGACGCUCGCGGACGGUUUUGCUCCUAACUUCAUCUCACUGGCGAUAUUCAGAGCAUUGCAAGGGAUCGGCGCCGCGAUGACUGUUCCAAGCGCCGUGGGUAUUAUCAGCAAUUACUUUGUCACCCAGGACCGCACUCUGGCCCUGACUAUGUUCGGUGCAUCUGGCGCGGUCGGCUUUUGCCUUGGCCUCGUCUUUGGGGGCUUUCUCACCUCGUCGCUAGGAUGGCGGUACAUCUUCUAUCUGGCCACUGUCUUUACCGGCGUUAUCGGGAUACUUGGAUUCUUCUGCCUGCCCAAAGACAGGAUUGUCGGCCACACCCGGCCGAAGCUGGACUUUGUCGGCGCGGGCCUCUCUACGGCGGGGCUGAUCCUGCUCAGUUUCGUCCUCUCCAGCGGCGGGGAGUACGGAUGGGGCAAGGCCUUCAUCAUCGUGCUGCUCGUGCUCAGCGUCGCCAUGAUAGUGGCUUUCACCUACGUCGAAAAGAAGGUUCCCAACCCCAUCAUGCCGCUCUCCCUCUGGAAGCUCGAGAACUUCGCUGCCCUGUGGAUCGGCGGCUUCGUCAUGUAUGGUGGCUACCAGACAACUAUCUACUUUGUCACGCUCAUGGCGCAGGAGAUCAACCACCUGAGCGCCGGCCAGACGGCCCUGCGCUUCUUGCCCAUGGGCUGCACCGGCUUUGUCUUCAGCCUGGGCAUGUCCCGCGCCCUCGAGGUCUUCAACACGAAAUGGCUGCUCGUCGCCGGCAUGGUCGUCUGUGCCAUCUCGCCGGUACCAUGCGCCCUCAUGUCCGCCGGCGACAUGAGCUUCUGGAAGCACGUUUUUCCUACGACGAUCCUGAGUGUGGCUGGCGUCACCAUAGUGUACUGCACAAUCACUGUCGUCCUUCUGGCCUCAGUUCCCGUGAAUGUGCAGAGUAUGUGCGGUGGCAUGAUCAACACUGCCUUCCAGAUUGGGAGCGGAGUCGGGCUCGCGCUGGCGAGUGCGGUGGUGCAAGCUGUUGACACGGCCAAGGGGCACUCGGAGCUUCUGCAGUAUAGAACAGGGCUAUGGUGCUGUGUUGGCCUUGCUGGUGUGGGACUUGUUGCGAGCGUGUUCGGCGUGAAGGACAAGGGCAAGUCCGUGGGUGGUCAUGUUAUGGUGCAUUGA